UAUUUUAAUAAUGAACUAAAUUUCUUGUAAUAUGUACAGAAUGCAGCCGCCAAAAUCACGAAACGGGAAUGAUUUUACUUCUAGAGGAGACAAGCUUACGUUUAUACCACCGGGUUCAUUGGGUAAAGGGCGCGCACAAUUUGGUUUAAGAUCUUUCAAUUCCUUACGACCAUCGACGUCACAAAGUGUAGGAACUGCUACUAUACCAUCAUUUGAAACUCCUCUUGGGCAAUUAGGCAAUAUUUCGCUCCCUCAAGAUUUUGAGCCUAUGGAAGAAACACAUAUUGAAGAAGAAUCAAGGGAAACCGAUUCUACAAGUGUUGCAAAGAAGCGAAAGGUGCGAGGUAGAAACAAGUGUAAGGAAGUCGCAAAGUUGAAAAGUGGAAAAAAGCUAAAUGUGAAAUUCUACAAUAAGCGUGUUGUUGGAAAGAAUCAUAGGGUAUUUUCGAGGCAUCUAGGAAGAAUCAUACGUGAUCGCAAUAUUUGUCCACUUCGUGUGCACUCAUGGAAGGAAAUUGGGGAUGAAGAAAAAGAACAUAUGUGGGCUGCAGUGACGGAUAAAUUUGAGAAUACAAAGAUGGAGGAUUUUCGUGAAGAUAUCCUAGCGCAUAUGAAUGAUUUGUGGAACAAAUGGAGGGGAGAUUUGCAUCGCAAAUAUGUAAAACCAUGUAGUACUAUACAAGAGACUCUAAGAAAUAUUCCUGAAGAUAUUAAUCGGGAGGAUUGGGAGUGGUUAGUAAAGGAACAUUUCUCAAGUAAAAAGUUUAUGGCAGCAAGCAAACGGAACUCUAGUAAUAGGGCAAAGUUAACAAUGCCUCAUCGUACCGGUAGUAAGCCAAUUCGACAAGUUAUUUGGAAAAAGGGAGGUAAAGUCGGUCAACCACCAAGCUUAGCAACUAUAUUUUUUGAGACUCGAAAAAAGGGUGACAAGUUAGUUGAUCAAGAUACUAUAAAACAAUAUGAUAAAAUUGUUGAUGCUACUCAAUCAAAACCAUCCUUAUCCAAUAUCGAGUUAGUUGAAGAAUGUUUUGGGCCACAACGUCAUAACCAUAUUAUUUGUCAUGGUGGUGGCUUAAAGCCUAAUGACAUGAAAAAUGUUGAAACUAGAGCUGAACUUCAAGCUAAACUUCGUGAAACUCAAAGAGAAAAUGAUUCGCUUAAGAGCCGUAUGGAUGAAAUGGAAGCCGAAAUAAGAAUGAUUAAGGAAAUGUUUCAACGCCAACAUUCCAAUGGUCCACCUCCUCCUUCAUCCGAAGGAUAAACAAUGUAGUUCAUCGUGAUUUUUAGGACAAGAAAAGACGAUGAAUUGCAAGCUCUCUUUUUUGUUUCUAAGCGGACCCAUUUUGGAGAAAUGGUGAUAGUUGUUGACUAUAUAUGUAAUGAUGAUAUUUUGUUUUCCUUUUGGUGAAUGUUGACUAUAUAUGUAAUGGUGUGAUGGAAUUGAAACUAUAUGUAAUAGAUGAAUGUUUUGGACAAAAAUAUGAAUAUUGUGGAUGCUA